GUAGUUCUUUGACAUCCAUACCUGGUUAAUUUGGUAUAUUAUCAUUUUGAUGUAAGCCUAUAGCAAUCUAAAGUUGGAUCUAGCUGAAAAGAUUUUCACUGUGUACUAGUAAGAAUAUUUAAAUUCAAAAUAUCUUGUGCUAUGAUGUUGUGAGGCUUUAGGGAGCCAAGACUGUGUGUACAGCUCUUAGGCAUACACAAGCUUCGCCGUAGGCACAACACAAUGAGGCAAGUUAAUGGAUGAGACAAGAGAAAUGCAAAAUUUUCCAAAACAUAUUAAAUCCCGUGUUUUAGGAUCACAGCAUUUUUUUGUGAUAAGAGUAGUAAGAUCAUUAAUCUUACUACCAUUUAGCACGUUCAACACAUACUUAAAUUUAGUAUUUUAGGAUCAUAAAUUUGUAUGGCUAAACCAUUCACGUCGUUCUUGCCCCCUUAAGCACAAGAAAGGUUUGUUUGGCCAAAAAGUAGUAGUCAUCAAGCGUAACAGAUGAAUAGUCAAAAUUGGUCUUGAUCUGCUAAGUUUCACAUUAGAUGAGAAAUAUUAUUUUUUAUUAGGUAUAUCAAGAGAAGAUGGGAUAUUUCAUGCGCAAGAUUAAGCCUUCAGUCUCAAAGAGUUUCUUAUUUGUUACGAGAAAGGUUUUCCUUUUUUGGCUAGUUAAUUAUUUGUUACGAGAAAGGGUUUCUUUUUCUAGCGAGCUAACAUAUCGAUUUACUUCCGGAAAUCAGUUUGACUUGACAGAUUGCAUGCGCUUGCAAUCUCUCUACCUUUUUUUUUUGCUGUAUAUGGUCAGGUAUAUACCUAUAACAUUGUGCGUCACUGGUAGCCGUAUUAAAGUGACUGACUUAUACAUCGACUUUGCAGCCUCAUGUACGGUGCUGAGGAUCCAUCCAUUGCUGGAAUGGUUUUAGACAGCCCCUUCUCUGAUUUGGUUGAUUUGAUGAUGGAACUUGUAGACACUUACAAAAUCCGGCUGCCCAAGUUCACUGUAAAGUUUGCAAUCCAAUAUAUGCGCAGAGCGGUUUUAAAAAAGGCGAAGUUUGACAUAACCGAGUUGAACACAAUUAAGGUGGCAAAGUCAUGCUUUGUCCCUGUUUUACUGGGUCAUGCUGUUGAUGAUGAUUUUAUACAGCCCCAUCACUCUGAUCGUGUAUUUGAGGCGUACAUGGGGGACAAGGAUAUUAUAAUAUUUGAGGGUGAUCACAACUCUCCACGUCCACAGUUUUAUUUUGAUUCUAUAAGUAUCUUCUUCAACAAUGUUUUGCAACCACCAGAGGAUGAAGCAGUGGGUGCAUUCUUUGACAUGCCACAAGAUUAUUUUGGCAAGGGCAGUUGGAGUACAGUCCAUGAAGUUGACUUUAUGGAUGAUGUCCAUGAUGUUGCAGCUGCACCAACUAGUAGCACUGAAGAUGUAAUAAAGCAGGUUCGCUCCAAAAGACCCAUGAGUCGGACAGAGGUAACAGAAAAACCUUCAAGUUGUUGCUUUGGUUGGUAAAAUAGAUGGCAUGAGCUCAAUUCUAUUACGGAAAAGUUUGGGGGUUUUAAGAGGAGAAACUCAAGUGAUGGAAAAGAAAUUUAUACACGGACAUGUAUGCUUGAAUAACUUGUCAGAGUUGAAAAGAGCAGGUGGAAAUGUGUAGUUACUGACUGUUGAAGAUAUAAUAUUAAGAAUGAGAUUUUUGUAUUA